AUGUCAUCCUCUGGGUCUAGAGGGCCACCUAUCAAUCGAUAUAGUGAUAGAGGAGAGUAUGAUUAUAACAAGCAAAGGAGAAAAAAUUUUUAUAGUGGGUCGUCUAGAAGAGGAGGCCCGGGGUCGUCAUCAUUAACAAGAUCUAAAUUGCCAAAUAAAUCUAGUGAUGGCAACAUAGCACCUAGCGAUGCGCACUAUUCAAGUGGUGGAAGAGCAAGAUAUGGAGGAAGCAGCGGGUCAAAUUCGCUAUCACGAAGUUUUGGGCCUAACGUACGAGAUAAUAGAAGCUCUUAUGGUUCUUACGGUUCAUCUAAGGGUGCUUAUUCAUCUUAUAAUCAAAAUUCUAGUUCUUAUUAUUCAGGAUACGGAAAUUAUGGAAAUUUUAGUGGUAAGAAUGGAGAAUAUCUGUCGAAUAACUCGUCAAAUUUCUAUAACUCGAGAGGAGAUAAUUGGAGGGGAGAUAGAACUAGUUCUUCUGGAGAUUCGAGACUCACAUCAUCUAAACCAUUAUCAUUGUCAGCAUCAUCAUACAAUGGUAGACUUUCAAAUGGGGCCGCAAAUAAUUCGAAGCCAUUAUCUGCGACAUCGACAGGUGAGUAUAGAAAAGAUAGAUAUGGUACAUACAACCAAACAGAACAAAAUGGUAGCAAAUGGAAGAGUAAUUAUAAUUCGGGCAAGCCAGCUUUAAAUAAUAGAAAUUCUUUCCCAAGUUCCGCAGGAAGCAGAUCUUUUUCAGCCAAGGAUAGGAUGAAGGGUUCACUUAGCGGCAGCUCUUCCCUAGUCAGUACCGGUAAAAGAGGUGAUACAUACUAUCCACCAAGGUCUUCCUACAUGGCAGGAAACUCCAGUCAAACGUUCAAUAAGUCUCAAGUUGAUCGUUAUUCAAGUAAGGCUCAAUCAUCUCAGCCAUUAGACUAUUACAAAAGCAGAAACCUCAGUGGAGAAGAAGAUGAUAAUUCAUAUGACAAAAGGACACAGAGCGAUCAUUAUUCGCCUAGUCCUAAUAAUGACUAUGAACAAGCAGACGAUACAAAAGAAUCUGAAGAUGACUAUGAGCCAGAUACAUCACACCAUAAUAUAGCUAAAGAAAUUCAUGACGAAAUGCAAAACGAUAUUCAUGAGGGUGAAAAUGAUAAUGAAGAUGAGGAUGAGGAGGAGGAAGAUGAAGACAUGGAAACAGAAACAACGGAGAAUCUCAUUGAACGCGAUAAUAAUUUAGAGUAUAAUGAUGUACAGAAUGGUGAUAAUGAUACAAGAAUUGAAGCUAAGGUAAAGCCUCUAGUUAAUGUUGCACCUAUUGCUAAGGUUGAUGUUUCCAAUGAAAUAUGCUACCCUGAUGGAUGUGAAUUUCCCGUUAAUAAAUUGGAAUCUGAGUUUAGAAAUUUACAAGAAGAGUUCGAAACAUUUAGUAAAACAAACGGGGAUUAUUUGAAAUAUUCAUUAGCAAAACCCAUAGAUAACUUACAUGAUUAUCCAUUUUUCACAAAUAAUUUAAGAUUGUUUUCUCGCAAAAGAGAAAAAUUAUCAGUAAAUUUAUCGCAUAACAAACGUUUAGUACAGCGUAAGAAGCUUUCUUUAUGGAAAGAUUAUUCGAGAGGUCUUGAAGCAUGGGAAGCUCAAAGAGAAAAAAUGGACCAGCAAUUGAAAUUAAUUCAUCCAGCCGAUGACGAAAUGAAGAAGGAAUUAGAAGCAAUAGACAUUAGAAUCAAGGAAGACUUUAAUAUUGAACCUACGAGUGCUAAGGAUAUUCCACCUCCUCAAAGUAGUAAUAAUCGUCGAAAUCGUAGACAUGGUGACUUGGUUACUACAGAGGCCGAGUUUCAAGAAAUAUUACAAUCUCUAGGUAAAGAGCAAGAAGAAGAUCCUAUAAUCAGAGCUCAAAAAGUCUCCGCUGUGAUUCCCGAUUUUAUUCUUGAUCCGAUUGAAAGAAACCAUGUGAAGUUUAUGGAUUCGAAUAACAUUGUUGAUGAUAAAUUGCACUGGACUACCAGAGUUAAAACCGAUUUUCAGAAUAACUUUUCUGCUCAAGAGCAUGCCUUAUUUUGUGAAGGGUUUUGCAUGUUCCCCAAGCGAUUUGGAGCAAUUUCUAGACAUAUGGGUGGUUUGCGAACAGCCGAAGAUUGUGUUGUUCAUUACUACAUGACUAAAAAAGAAGUCAAUUACAAGCAAUUAGUUCUUAGCUUCAAAAAGAAGGCAAGUAGGAAAAAUAAUCGUCGUGGAAAGACUUCGAAGUCAAGAAAUGUUUCUCAGAAUGGCACUCCUAUCUCUACUCCAACUACAGAGACAGUAAUCGAAAAUGGUGUAAUAGAAUCAUAUAAUGACACACCUACAUCUACUGAAAAUUCCACGGAAUACUUUGGAGAGGAAGUUUUCACAGAUGCGGGGAGAAGAAAAAGAACUGCAGCACCCGUAUUUGAAGGUGUAACAUCAGACAAAAAGAAGACCGAAUCGCCUACCGAAAGUAAAGCAAGUGACUCGUCAAAUCAAUUACAAAAGAAGAAAGCAAGAAAGCAAAAGAAAGAGGAUACACCAGCAACUGCCGUCAGUGAUAUUAUAGAAGCCAAUGCAGAUAUUGUGCCUGUAAGUUUGCCGAUGCCAGAUAACAAUGACACUGAAUUGGAAGCUAAAGGGAAUGAAUCUGAAGUCGCCCAAAAUUCAGAACAAAAUGACUUAGAAUCAAAAGAACGGCGUAAAACAAUUUCAAGUUAUUGGAGUAUUACGGAAGCCAAUAUGUUCCCGACUUUGUUAAUGGAGCAUGGUACUAAGUGGACAACUAUUGCAGAUAAGUUAACUACGAAAUCUGCGACAAUGGUACGCAAUUAUUUUCAACGUAAUGCAGAAAGACACGGAUGGAAUGAAGUUGCCGAGAAGGCGGAUGAAAGAUUACAAGCCAAAUUUGCUGCAGUGUUGAACGCGCCGUCAGAUACAAAUACAAAACAAGAUCUGAUGACAGAGAAGUAUCCUAUUCAGCCGCCUGUCAUCAAUACUUCGAUAACACCUACUACGGCACAAUCCGCAUAUAUCCCAAUCGGAACAUUCCAGCAUGUGCAGUCUACCCCACAGAAUCAAUCUUCCGCUUCGCCUUCUCUUCCUCUGUCAUCGCUAGGGGCUGCAAUGAAUUCGAUCAACAACAAUCCACCUAUUUUUAAAAAUGGCUCCAAUGACAAAAAUGUCUCCAAUGCUUACGAAAAUCAUCUUGGUACUCUGAAUAAUGCUGAAAUAAAGAAAGAAAUUAAUAUUGAGUCUCAACGUCCUUCUACUGUAACAGCCAUGUCUGAAAUGAUUACCAAACCGGUUGUUCCUACUACACAAUUACCCCGUUCAUCAAUAAUGAGUCUACUUAAUUCUGACUCAAGUCCUAUCAAGCCUGAACCGACAAGAGCCACUAAUAACUUGAAAUCUCUACUUAAUUCCCCAUCUAGUAAUGAUUUACCAGCGCUUGAUAAGUAUAGCAUUCCGCCAUCAGGAAAUGGUUUAAAUGCUUUACUCUCUGCAACUACACCAUCUAAUUCUGAUGGAAUCGACAAUAAAGAAAAGAAACAAUGA